GGGACAAUAACAGACACUUGAAUGCACGCUCACCUGUGUCGCUUGUGUGGCGCGCGGAUUCCUAGAAGUAGAAAUAGAAGUGGAAGUAGCAGCAGUAGCAGUAGUGGUUGUAGUGGUAGUAGUAGUAGUAGUAGUAAAGGAGGACAACAUGAAGUACCAGAAAUAUAUCACGGUGAUGCAGAUGGCCAUGGGAGUGACAGCCUCCAACAAAGACUGCCUCCCGGUGAAGAGAAUGCUGUGGGUGACUCCGCAAGAUGAAGACACAUCCCCCUCAGGUGCUCCCGGGUGUUCAGAUGGGCGUACAGGUGCUAGCGGGGGUGCUAUGGCCAUCUCCACCCUCUCGUUGCCCAUGAGCCAGGGCAAACCUUCCCUGCGUCGCAUCAAAGGCCGCAUUCACCGCAGCAAGAGCCUGGACAGCAUGGAUCUGCUCGACUCCAAUAGUGCAGCGAUGGAGGAAACGGUCAUAUGGGAACAGCACACAGUGACCCUUCACAGGGCCCCAGGGUUUGGGUUUGGUAUUGCCAUCUCAGGUGGGCGAGACAACCCUCAUUUCCAGAGUGGAGAGACCUCCAUUGUGAUAUCUGAUGUGCUGAAAGGAGGUCCUGCUGAGGGACUGCUACAAGAGAAUGAUCGAGUGGUGAUGGUCAAUGCUGUCUCUAUGGACAACGUGGAGCAUGCCUAUGCAGUACAGCAGCUCCGAAAGAGCGGGAAAAAUGCAAAGAUAACUAUUCGGCGGAAGAGGAAAGUGCAGUUACCUGUUUCUCGGCCAGGGGACAGGGAGACGAUGUCAGAGCAUGAAGAGGAGGACAGCGAUGAGGAAGAUGGCUAUGAGCACCACAGUGGACAUGGCAGCCAAAGUGCCUACGGAGGAGCGAGCGGAGGCACGGGCACCGGCAAGCGUCCGGAUCGUGAGCGGAGCAGCAGCGGCAGGCGGGAUCACAGUGCCUCGCGGGAGAGGAGCGCCUCGCGGGAUAGGAGCGCCUCACCGCGCUCCGAUCGCCGAUCACAAACCUCCUCUGCACCAACCAAGCCUGCCAAGGUCACACUGGUCAAGUCCCGUAAGAAUGAAGUAGAAUACGGACUGCGGUUGGCUAGCCACAUCUUUGUGAAGGACAUCUCUCCUGAGAGCCUCGCUGCCAGAGACGGAAACAUCCAGGAGGGAGACGUUGUACUUAAGAUCAAUGGAACAGUUACAGAGAACCUUUCACUAAUAGAUGCCAAGAAGCUGAUCGAGAGGUCAAAGGGCAAGUUGAAGAUGGUGGUGCAGAGAGAUGAUAGAGCCACGCUGCUCAACAUUCCCGACCUUGAUGACAGCAUCCCAUCAGCCAAUAACUCGGACAGAGAUGACAUUUCAGAAAUACAUUCGCUGACAUCAGAGCAUUCCAAUCGAUCGCACGGGCGAGGUCGAUCACGCUCGCCUGACAGGGCCGAGCCAUCAGACCUUCCCCGUCACUCACCUCGGCAGAUCAGCAAUGGCAGCCAUCGAAGUCGAGAUGAGGAUCGCAUCUCCAAACCAGGGUCCAUGUCCACACUCGUCAAAAGCUCCGAUGAUGGCGUCUUGUCUCAGGCCAGCGACCAGGCCAGCUCCAGAGAUGACAAACUGUUACCUCCGCUGCCGGAACCAAAGCCAGUUUAUGCACAGCCUGGGCAGCCUGACGUGGACCUGCCUGUCAGCCCCUCUGACGCCCCCGUGCCCAGCGCCGCUCAUGAUGAGAGCAUCCUCAGGCCGAGUAUGAAACUGGUGAAGUUCAAGAAGGGAGAGAGUGUUGGUCUGCGGUUAGCAGGAGGAAACGACGUGGGAAUCUUUGUUGCAGGUGUUCUGGAGGACAGUCCUGCAGCCAAGGAGGGGCUGGAGGAGGGAGACCAGAUCCUCAGGGUGAACAAUGUGGACUUUGCUAACAUAAUCCGGGAGGAGGCUGUGCUGUUUCUGCUGGAUCUCCCAAAAGGAGAAGAAGUGACUAUAUUGGCCCAGAAGAAGAAGGAUGUGUACCGCAGGAUAGUGGAAUCGGACGUGGGUGACUCCUUCUACAUUCGGACACAUUUUGAAUAUGAAAAGGAGUCACCGUACGGGCUGAGCUUCAACAAGGGCGAGGUGUUCCGUGUAGUAGAUACGCUCUACAACGGCAAACUAGGCUCCUGGCUCGCUAUCCGUAUUGGCAAGAACCAUCAGGAAGUGGAGAGGGGAAUCAUCCCCAACAAGAACAGAGCGGAGCAGCUGUCCAGUGUGCAGUACACCCUCCCCAAAACGCCAGGAGGGGACAGGGCCGACUUCUGGAGAUUCAGAGGACUGCGAAGCUCCAAGAGGAAUUUGCGGAAGAGCAGGGAGGACCUGUCCGCCCAGCCCGUCCAGAGCAAGUUCCCUGCCUACGAGAGGGUGGUGCUGAGGGAAGCUGGGUUCCUGAGGCCUGUGGUUCUCUUUGGGCCAAUCGCAGACGUGGCCAGAGAGAAACUGGCCAGGGAGGAGCCAGACAUCUUUGAACUAGCAAAAUCACAACAACAACAAGGAGGGGAAAAGAGUGAACCCAGGGAUGCAGGGACCGACCAGAAGAACUCCGGCAUCAUUCGCCUGCACACUAUCAAACAGAUCAUUGACCGGGACAAGCAUGCGGUGCUGGACAUCACCCCUAACGCAGUGGACCGUCUGAACUACGCUCAGUGGUAUCCCAUUGUGGUGUUCCUCAACCCCGACACCAAGCAGGGCGUCAAGCACAUGAGGACCCGCCUCUGCCCCGAGUCUCGGAAGAGCGCCAGGAAGCUCUUUGAGCGAUCCCACAAAUUAAGAAAGAACAACCACCACCUCUUCACCACUACCAUUAACCUGAACAACAUGAAUGAUGGUUGGUUUGGAGCUCUGAAGGAGAUCAUCCAGCAGCAGCAGAACCAGCUGGUGUGGGUUUCAGAGGGCAAGGCUGACGGGGCAGCUGAGGAUGACCUGGAUAUCCAUGACGACCGCCUGUCUUACCUGUCUGCACCAGGCAGCGAGUACUCCAUGUACAGCACCGACAGCCGCCACACCUCUGACUACGAGGACACGGACACAGAGGGCGGGGCCUACACCGACCAGGAGCUGGACGAGACGCUGAACGACGACGUGGGUCCGCCCGCCGAGCCGGCCAUCACCCGCUCCUCCGAACCUGUCCGCGACGACCCCCCGGUGAUCCAGGAGCCCCCCGGCUACGCAAGCUUCCACACCGUGCAGCCGACCCCCCUGAACCGCAUCGACCCGGCAGGAUUCAAGGCUCCGGUUCCGCAGCAGAAAGCAGAGGCCGCUGCCGUCCCUAGCGUCCCCCCGCAGCCUGAGCCCCUGGCUGAGACUUUGCCCCCUGCUGUCGACGUUACUGUAAAAACUGUAGGGGGGGUGAGCCCUGACGAGGCUCCUGCAGCUCCUGUCAGCCCGCCAAGCCCUGACCCAGAGGCGGGCUCACUUAGGAUGCCCACCCCUGAGCUAGCCCCUCAGAGCGUCUCACCAGAGCCUCUACAGUCUGGACUGGCCGGUUCAGAAACAAAGAUGUACCAGAAGGAUCCAUACAUCCCAGACAACACAGGAAGAAUCGGUCACAGCAUGAAGCCUGUGACUUACAACCCUCAGCAGGGAUAUCACCCCGACCAGCAGCCAUACAGAGAUUACGACCACCCCCCCAGCCGGUAUGAUGUCAGCAGCAGUGGAGUCAGCAGCGGAGGGGGCUUCCCAGAACCAAAGCACCGAAACAACUAUGACUCUAACCUGCCCUACGAGAACAGUGUGCCUCACUACGACCAGCAACAGUGGAACCCGUACAACCAGCCGCUCCCUACUGCCAACUCCCAGGGCUACGACCCCCGCCUGCCAUACGGGGACAGCCCUGACCCCCAGUACACCCCCCCUCUCCGCUACGACGAGCCCCCGCCUCAGCAGGGAUUUGACGGGCGGCCUCGCUACGGCAAACCGACCGGUCCAGCUCCUGUCCGUUAUGAUGACCCCCCACCCCCUGUUUCGGGGUCCGACAUGCACUACGACCAGGAUUCUCACCUGAACGCGUACCCCUCGGCUGCCCACUCCCCGGACCCCACUGCCCAGCGGCCGGCUUAUAACCCGGGACCAACAGCACAACAGCAGAGCUACAAACCUCAGCAGUAUGACCCCGUUCCUGUGAACUCUGCAAGCAGCCCCACACCCCCUCCCAAAGCAGAGGCCCCCUCACCCUCGCCUGCCGAUCCUCCGAAUCCUUUCCCCGCCAGAGAUCUGCAAGAUGAACCCGCCGCCCGGGCACAGUCGGUCCUGACGAGGGUCAAGAUGUUUGAGAACAAGCGCUCUGUGUCGGUGGAUAGAGUGGCAGUAGAGUCUUCUGGGAACAAGGCAGCCGAUAUACCUUUGAAAGCAGAUGGAGUCAUCCCAAAAGCGAAUUCUCUGAGCAACCUGGAUCAAGAGAAGACCUUUAGAGCCCCAGGGCCUCAGCAGCCUCCAUCCAUGGUCGCUGAUGACAUCGUGCGCUCCAACCAUUACAACCCAGACGAGGACGAGGACUACUACAGGAAACAGCUGUCGUAUUUUGACAGGCUCCAGACCGGUCCUAGCAAAGCCCAGCCACAAGCACAAACAAAUAACAACUACUCCAGGACGGAGUCAGUGGAGAAACCAAGUCCAGUGGAGAAGAAAUACGAACCAAUUCCCCAGGUGACGCCUACUCUGCCACCCGCCACACUGCCCAAACCCGCACCUGAAGCCAACACUGUGCAGGCCAACUUCCUGCCUCACAAGAGCUUCCCUGAGAAGUCUCCGGUUAACGGCACAAGUGAACAUCCUCCAAAAACCGCUCCACCAGCAACCAGCUACAACCGCUACACUCCCAAGCCCUACACCACGUCUGCCAAGCCUUUUGCGCGCAUGUUCGACAGUCCUAAGUUCAACCACAACCUCCUGCCCAACGACAAGCCGGAGACCGCUCCCAAGGGCCAGAACUCUAGCCCUGUAAAGCCUCAGACCCCCCCCCAGCCCCAGAACAUAGACCAUGACAGCGGCCUGGACACUUUCACACGCACUAUGGACCACCGCUCCAAAAACCAGCACAACAACAUCAACGCUGUGCCCAAGGCCAUCCCUGUGAGCCCCAGUGCCCUUGACGAUGAUGAGGAUGAAGACGAGGGCCACACUGUGGUGGCAACAGCACGAGGUAUCUUCAACUCUAACGGAGGCGUCCUGAGCUCCAUCGAGACAGGGGUCAGCAUUAUUAUCCCGCAGGGCGCCAUCCCUGAAGGCGUGGAGCAGGAGAUCUACUUCAAGGUCUGCAGGGACAACAGCAUCCUGCCGCCACUCGACAAGGAGAAAGGAGAGACUCUGCUCAGCCCUCUGGUGAUGUGUGGACCUCAUGGCCUCAAGUUCUUGAAGCCUGUGGAGCUGCGUUUACCUCACUGUGCGUCUAUGACCCCUGAUGGUUGGUCUUUUGCUCUAAAAUCCUCCGACUCCUCGUCGGGUGACCCAAAAAGCUGGCAGAACAAGUCUCUCCCCGGAGACCCCAACUACCUGGUGGGAGCCAACUGUGUCUCUGUGCUCAUCGACCACUUUUAAGGACGGACCAUCAGCUGUGAUGUUACUGAAUGUGGAACCAUGGGGAUAAAUAGAAGAGGAUGGACGCACAUAAAACACACACACACGCACACACACACACACACACACACACA